CUCCCUUCCCACCAGCCAAGCCACAUUUUCUCUGAGCAUUUUAUUUUAUUGGCGCCUCAAAAUCUCGGAGUCUAGGUACUCAGUGUUGCGUCAAAAUCCUAACCCUAAUUCGAAAACUCUGCUUCGAAAUUAGUGAAGUAAGAUGUCAAGGUGCUUUCCUUACCGGGCUUCCGUGUCUGUAAGGAACGGGGCGAGUGGAGAAGCCUUUAUCAAAACGAUUGAGCCCUUUGUUCUAAAAUGUUAUUCUGGUGCAUCAAAGCUUCAAAGCCAAAAAGAGAAGCCCAAAACAGACUUGAGCAAAGAAAAGAAGAGGGAGAAAAAAGAUAAAAGGGAGAGAAAAGAGAGUGAGAAGGAGAAACUUUACAGAAAAGCUGAAAGACUCAGUAAAGAAAAGUUUUCAUGGGGUGGAGCUGGCCUUGUAAAAAGAAGUGAAGAUGAAGAAACUGAGGGAUUGGAGAAGUCUAGUCUUACUGAUGAGCAUAAUGAGCCUGUCUGCAGGCAGGACUUUUGUUACCUGUCAGAUGGCUCACAGAGCAGCAACAAGAGAAGAAGGGACUCUCCACCAUCUAGUGGCAUUACUGUUAAAAGGAAUAUCCUACGGAUUAAGCUACCUUCAAAAAAGCAGAGAGAAGCUGACGCAUCCCACAGUGAGAAACAAUCAUGCACUACUUCUGGUAGAGGACCGGAGUAUGAUGCUGAGCGCAAGGUAAUUGCUGCCCCACAAGUCAGUGCCAUAUCAGAUUCAAUUAGAAAGGAAAACAUUACUCACUAUGAUAUCCAGACAAAGCCUGACAAUGAGAAUAAAGAAUCAGAUUAUUAUACCGCCUUGAUGAGGGACUGGAUUCCACUACCAUGUCAACCGGAGGAUAGUGAGGACUUAGAAUGGCUUUUUGGGGCAAAGCAGCAAGGAAACAGAGCUAAAAAAAUGAAGGCGGAUGAUGAUGUUUCAUGUUGUCAAUCUUUGUGGCCGUCUGCUCAAUAUUUGCAAGGGGCAGAUGUAUAUGCAUUACCUUACACGAUACCAUUUUGAUGUUAACUGAAACACGUAGCUCGGUGAUUUUGACAUUGAGUUUUUGAGCUAAAAUGUACAGUCGAUUUUUUAAUAAAAAAUUGACGAAAUCUAAUAUGCAUAUUUUUUAUUCUUAGA